AUGAUUAAAUUCGGAUCGAACUAUGCUUCUAAAAUAUAGCAUCUAUAUUCAAAUAAGCCUUUCUCCUUUGCAAUCAUUGGGAGUGGUCCAGCAGGUCUUUAUACGGCUAAACACUUGUUCAAUGAUAUUGAGAAUAUCAACAUUCAUGUUUUUGAAUAGGAUCUCUGUCCUACAGGGUUGAUAAGAUAUGGAAUGGCUCCAGAUCAUUAGAGAAUUAAACGAGUAGCAGAAGAACUGUUAACCAUCAAACAGAAUGAACAUUGUCAUUAUUUUGGAGGAGUCUCUAUUGGUAAAGACAUAACCAUUAACGAAUUGGAUCAAUUGUAUUCAGCAGUUUUUUAUGCUUAUGGUGCAUAGAUUGAUAAACCAUUGAAUAUUCAAGGAGAACAAUUAUAAAAUGUUUAUUCUGCUCGUCAAAUUGUUAAUUGGUACAACAGUCAUCCAGAUUACUGUGAUCUUGAUAUUGAUUUUAAGAACAAAAAUAAUAUUGCAAUUAUAGGAAAUGGUAAUGUUGCUCUUGACAUUGCUAGAAUAUUUGGAUUAGAUUAGGAUGAAUUGCAGAAGACUGAUAUUAAUGAGAUUUCCAUAGAUAAAUUAAAGAAUAAUCAAAUAAAUAAUAUUGUUAUUAUAGGAAGGAGAGGUCUAGUCCAAUCUUAAUUUUCAUUAAAGGAACUCAGAGAAAUGACAAAAUUAUCCUAAUUUAGAUUCCUAUUAUAUAAACCAGACUUACUUUGGAGUUUGAAUGAGGAGAGUCAAACUGAAUGCAAAGACUUAGGCGUAAAUUAUGGGAAUGUGACUAGAGGGAAUAGAAGAAAACUAGAAUUUAUGAAAAGCUUUGAAAUUAUUGAGGAUGAAGCAACAAUGAACUCAAUAUUGAAACAAGGUAGUAAUGGAAGGAUCAAUGUUAUUUUGCGAUUCUUGCUGACUCCUCUUAAAAUAGAGUUGAAGGAGAAUAAGUUGAAUUUGAAAUUGUAACACAAUUAAUUGGCAGGGAAACCAUUUAAUCAAGUUGCAAUGCCAUUGGAUUAAUAAUCAAUUUUGGAAUGUGAUAUGAUUAUUAAAUCAGUUGGUUAUUAGUCUCACAACAUCGAUAAUGAUAUACCUUGGAAUUCUGAGUAAAAUAUAGUAGACAAUUCUGAUGGGUGUAUUAAGAAGGAUCCUACGAAAUUGAAGACGGGAUCUUAUGCUUGUGGUUGGAUUAAAACAGGUCCCAAAGGAGUAAUUGAUUCUACAUUUGCUUCAUCUUAAGAGACGAUAGUUAAUUUUAAGAAUCAUAUGGAUGCUGAUUUGAUUAGGAAUGUUCAUGAUCCGUACGAGCAAGUGGUAAAUCUGUUAAGAUAGAGAUCGAUCAAUUAUAUUGAUUUCAAGGUUUGGGAUAGAAUCAAUGAAUUCGAAAUAGAGCAAGGUCAAAAGGCGAAGAAGCCUAGAAUAAAAUUAAUGAGAAAUAGGGACUUGUUGUAAUUCUUAUGAUUAUUGUGUUGGUAUA